GAAGGCCCUCUUUCUCUCUCGCAGGAGUAGACUGUAGAGUUUCAUAUCCUCCUCCUCCUCCAAGUUCUUAAAAGAACCAACGGUUCUCUCUCCUGCCAAGCAUACGAUUGAUUCUCUUCAACAACGAACCAGGUUUCGUCACCUCAUACGUUUUCCAGGUUGUAUAAAGGAAGUAUUCAGUCAAUAAUAGAUGGCUAUCGUACCUGGUGGAUGUACAUGGGUGGCUCGGUGGGGACAACCUCAAUUGGUAUUCCAAUCUCCUUCCAUUAAUGGGUUAUAUGCUUCCUCACACAGGCUUUCUUGCAAGAUUAAAGCAAUUGCUUCUCCAAGUUCUAGCAUAUUUUCUCAAGAUUCUUUGAGUGCGCUCUUUCAAAAAUUGCCUUAUAGGAACCAGGGUCAUCAAAGGGGAGCUCGUUUGAUAGUUAGAGCAGAUACUGAUUACUAUUCUGUACUUGGAGUGAACAAAAAUGCUACCAAGGCAGAUAUUAAAAGCGCUUACAGGAAGCUAGCAAGAAGUAACCACCCUGAUGUCAACAAAGAACCCGGAGCAGAACAGAAGUUCAAGGAGAUCAGUAACGCCUAUGAGGUUUUGUCGGACGAUGAGAAACGUUCUAUAUACGAUAGAUAUGGAGAGGCCGGACUAAAAGGCGCUGGAAUGGGUAUGGGGGAUUUCAGCAGCCCUUUCGAUCUCUUCGAAUCAUUAUUCGACCUGGGCGGUAUGGGAGGCGGCAAUAUGGGUGGUGGAAGAGCCACUCGAAACCGAGCAAUGGAAGGUGAAGACCAGCUCUACAACUUAGUUCUCAAUUUCAAAGAAGCUGUCUUCGGAAUCGAAAAGGAAAUCGAAAUAACCCGACUCGAAUCAUGUGGUUCAUGCGAAGGAUCCGGUGCCAAACCCGGAACCAAACCCACCAAAUGUAACCCAUGUGGCGGUCAAGGUCAAGUCAUCUCAUCUGCCCGAACCCCAUUGGGCAUCUUCCAACAGGUCAGCACUUGCAACAGCUGUAAUGGGACCGGGGAGUCUUUUUCUCCUUGCAAUACAUGCAAGGGAGAUGGCAGAGUAAAGAAAUCGAAGCGUAUCGGAUUAAAAGUCCCUGCAGGAGUAGAUUCCGGAAGCAGGCUUAGGGUUAGGAACGAGGGUAAUGCGGGGAAGAGAGGUGGAUCCCCUGGAGAUCUUUUCGUUCAAAUUGAAGUUCUUCCUGAUCCUGUUUUAAAGAGGGACGAUAAUAACAUACUAUACGGAUGUAAGGUAUCUUAUAUAGACGCCAUAUUGGGAACCACGAUGAAGAUUCCAACAGUGGAUGGGAUUGUCGAUCUGAAAAUUCCUUCAGGAACACAACCUGGGACUACUCUUGUUAUGGCGAAAAAAGGGGUUCCUUUUCUGAAUAAGAAUAAUAUGAGGGGGGAUCAGUUGGUUAAGGUGCAAGUUGAGAUUCCGAAAAAGUUGAGUGGGGAUGAGAAGAAAUUGAUUGAAGAGCUUGCUAAUCUGAACAAGGCUAAGGCUGCAGCUAAUAGCACCACCACCACUGGCGGCAGCAGCAGCCGGAGAUAGAGUUUUAUGGCGGCGGUGGUGGUGGUGGUAGUAGUGGGUGUGUAAUAUAUAUUAAUUAUUGUUACAUGCAGCAAAUGAUUUCAUCCUUGACAAUUAUAGAAUUUUGACAGGAUUAGAGAUUUCUUAUUUAGCUUGUAGUGGAAUUAAUUGCUACAAAUUCAAAACUAUGUUGCAAUUUUUGUUCUAUCUUUGAACUAAAUCUUCAUUUCUAGUUAUUCUU